GAAACAAUCUUUAUAUAUAAAUUCAUACGACAGUAAUAAUAAUUGUGUUGAGAGUGAAAGAGUGUGUUUUGUUCCUUUGAUUCCUAUGGAUCUUCAUUCCAAUUCCCACAAUUCUGGUCUCAAGAAACGAAAACAAGAUGAGAACCAGGAUGCUUUGGUCAGUGGUGAUGGAAAUUCUAUGAGUAUAGGAGAAUCAUCUGGUAGUGGUGGUGACCCCUGCAAAAGCUUGACCUCAAUAUCAAUGGAUUCAAACAAUUCAAAUGGUUGCAACUCUGACAUUUCAUGUCAUGAUGACGAUGAGGAUGCGAAUGAUGAUGAUGAUCCGAUUGAUGACGAUGCGAAUGAUGAUGAUGAUCCGAUUGAUGAUGAUGCGAAUGAUGAUGAUGAUCUGAUCGAUGAUGAUGCACUUGAAGAUCCUGAUUAUGACUCUGAUUAUUAUGAUGAUGACAUCUAUGAAGAUGACUAUUCAUUUAUGCAGGAUCAAUUUGACAAUGCGGAUUUGCCGCCGGGGGUAGAAGCAUCACUGCCUUGGUUGAAGGAUAUUGCUUCUAGCGAUAGCAAGCCGGCUGUUUCUCAUGUCAUUCCAGAGUCCAGUUCUAAAGAAACAUUAGAUGAAUCAGAUACAGUCAUGCAAAAGUUUCGGCAAUUUAAGCAAUUUGAUACUGUUGAUUGUAUUCCUGAUCAUCACUAUGAUAGGAAAUCUGCUUCAACAUCUGAGUCGCAGCGACCAAAGAAUUGGGCAAAAAAAAUCCAGGAGGAAUGGAAAAUUUUGGAGGAAAAUUUGCCAGAAACAAUCUUUGUGAGAGUUUGUGAAUCUAGGAUGGAGUUUCUUAGGGCUGUCAUCAUUGGACCUCAAGGCACUCCAUACCAUGAUGGUCUUUUCUUUUUUGAUUGCCUCUUUCCUUCUAACUACCCUGCAGUUCCACCACAAGUUUACUACCACUCAGGUGGCCUAAGGCUAAAUCCAAAUUUAUAUAAUUGUGGAAAAGUCUGCCUCAGUCUCUUGGGUACUUGGCAUGGUAAGAAUAGUGAAAACUGGAUUGCAGAUAAAUCAACCAUGCUACAAGUCUUGGUUUCCAUACAAGCUCUGAUUCUGAAUGAGAAACCAUUUUUUAAUGAGCCUGGAUUUGCUGAGCAUUAUCGUGCUGAGGAGGGGCAAAGGAGAUCUAAGGAGUACAAUGAUAACACAUUUGUUUUGUCGUUGAAGACAAUGAUGUAUACACUGCGUAAACCGCCUAAGCACUUUGAGGACUUUGUUGCGGGCCAUUUCCGCCUAAAGGCCAGGGACAUACUGACAGCUUGUAGAGCAUAUGCUGAGGGGGGACCAGUUGGAUCGGUUUUACAUAAUGCUGGACAAAGUAGUCGUAGUGCUCCUGCUACAAACCAAAGAGAAUUUCAGUCAGCUGUGAGUAGGAUGAUGAAUACACUUAUUGCAUUUUUUACCAAAAAUGGCUCCACAAACUGCGAAGACUUUCGAUCUCAAGAGCUUUACAGUCUAUCUGCUGCUGCUACUGUUAACUUGGAAACUUUCAAGAUAGAAUCUGCUGGCACAAAAUUAACCCAGGUUGGAAGUUAUGGUGUGAAUGAAGUGUAGUGGGGUCUUUUUUUUGUUGAUGUCUCACACCUAGAUGCAGUUUACAUCUUUUAUCUUGUAUAGCUUUCCUAGAACAUUUUUAAUUUGACAUGACAAAAAAACUUUGUAUAGGAUUGGCUAAUAUGCAUCUUAUAAUAGAACUUAUAAUAUAGUUACUA